AUGGAGGCACCAGUGAACAUAGACAUACCUAAAUUAAUACUAGAUAAUGGAGGGGGGUUGAUAAAGGGUGGAAUUCUACCUAAGUAUUCCCAACUAAAUGAUACAGCGUUUGAUGAAAUAGAACCCAAGUUUAUUGUACCUAAUUGUGUGGGGCAAAUAAGAAAAAAGAAUAUAUUUCACAUAAGUGAUAGUUGUUACAACAUAUGUGAAUAUUUUUGUCAUCGACCACAUGUUGAUGGGUUAUUGUUAGAUUUAGAAAUGCAAACAAAGAUAUGGGAAAAAAUUUUCUCUUGUAAACAAACACUUGGAUAUAAAAUAAAUGAUAUGGCUAUUUGUAUUACAGAAUCUUAUUUAACACCUGCGUACAUAAGACAAGGGGUUAUUGAAUUGUUAUUUGAGUAUUUCAAUUUUGAACAGAUAGUUAUUGUAUCUUCUCAAACCAUGUUGCCAUUUUCAUUUAUUGGUCUAAAUUUAGGCCAGUAUGAUAUUUUAAACCCACCUAUUUUUAACACUUAUAAUUCUGUGAUAUCAAACAGGAAUGAUUCAUUUAAGAAAAAAAAAAGAACAGGAGAAAAGGGAUGUAAAAAUAACAUGAGGAGAUACUCUAGUCCAAAAGAAAGUGUCAAAGAUGAAGAGGAUCUAUUAAGGUAUCGUUCCAAUUCAGAUUUGAAAUCAGAAGGAGGGGAUAGAUGGUCCUUGGACGAGUUAUGUAACAGUUGGGAAGAUGGAGGAGGGACAUCUCGAAGAAGUUCUACACAUCGGCAUGGGAGAAAAAACAAUGAAAGAAACGGGAUAGUGGAUGGAGAAACACACGGUCUAACGAAUGGCCCCAACAAUGCAUUUGGAGAAGCUACAAAUGUGGGUGAAGAAGCUACAAACGUGGGUGGGGAAGCCACAAACGCAGGUGAAGAAGCUGCAAACGCAGCAGAUGCAGCAGACAACAACAUACUAACCAAUCGUCACAUCUUUAUAAAGAAUAUCGAAUGCUACAAUAAGUACACACACAAAGUAUACAUGGAAAAGUCAUAUGAUGGAGAGAAUUGGCAAGAGUUCUAUUUUAACAAUUUUUUUCAAUCAAAUGAUUCAGAUAGUUAUGCGAAUGCAGGUGUGGCUAGAUACAAUGCCCCAGAAAAAAUGGAUUCUAAUGGAGCCUAUAAAAAGGUGUGUAACGGUGAGUUGCACUACAGGGAGAGCUACCCUAGAAACCAUUUGAACAACACAAAAUUGGGGAGCUUCUACUCCAGUAGUAGCAGAAAGGGUGUUGUAGGAACCCUUUACAACAAUAACUACAUUGGAAACAAGUUUGCACAGCAAGAUCCUAAUUUUCUGCUACCUGAUGAAAUUGAUUUGCACAAAAGGUACUAUGAACCCAAUUUUAAAGACAUUUCCAAUUUUAGAAACCAUUUUAACAGUACAUAUAUAAACAAUUUUUAUAGCAGAAUAAUAAAUGGCAAUUAUAAUCUAUCUUUAAGAAAUCCAUGUGCAUUAUAUAUCGAUGUUGGUUAUUCUCAUACGUAUAUUUUACCAUACAUUGAGUAUAAAUUGAUUGAAUAUGCCAUUUUAAGAACCAAAGUGUCGGCAUCUAUUUUGAAUACAUAUUUAAAAAAUGUUCUCUCGUACAAACAUGUGAACCUAGAACACAAUGAACUCUUGGUUGAAAAUAUAAAGGAAAGAGCUUGUUAUGUGUCUCUCGAUUAUGUGCGAGAUUUAAAAAAAGAAAAGAUACGAUUGGAUUUGAUUAAGAAACAAAAAAUUUCUGACAAACUAGAAAUCAGGAGUGAAAUUCUUAAGAUAGAGCUAGAGCAGGAGCGGGAGAAAAACAAGAAGAGUGAUCUUGUUACCAUUACUGCAGCUGCACGUUCUCAGGAGGGACAAUCAGAAGGUCUGAAUAACAAAAUGUAUCAAUCUAACCAACUAGUAAGAGGCAGCACAACAGAUGCAAUGGCAACAUACGGACAAAUACAUAAGAAAAGGAAAAGCGAAGAAAAUUAUUUGAAUGCAGAACAUAAUACUUCUCCCAGCAGAGUUGGAAUUAGCGAUGAAGGAAAUUUUGGUGUGAAUCGACUUACCAGUGGGAAGCACAUUGGGGAAUUUCCUAAAGAGAAUCAUGAAAUAGAAGGUACACAUGGUUCAUGUGUGGAGGAGUACUUGUCAAGGAGAGGAAGCACGAGUAAUGGUGGCCAUGAAGGAGACUUAAUGAGUGACUCAGACUUGGAAAAGUGCAGAGGCGAGCGAAAAAGAAAAGGAGAAAAAGAGGGAGAAAAAGAGGGAGAAAAAGAGGGAGAAAAAGAGGGAGAAAAAGAGAGAGAAAAAGAGAGAGAAAAAGAGAGAGAAAAAAAGGGAGAAAAAAAGGGAAAAAAAAAGGGAGAAAAAAAGGGAGAAAAAAAGCGCGUGGAACCACAUUUGCUCUACAAGUACAAGCUAAUAGACUACAACAAUGCAACGAAAAGAGAAAUCAAUGAAGUGUAUGAUACUUUGAAAAAGAAUUGCACUAACGAAUGUAUAUAUGUGGAAUCUGAUUAUGAUUAUAAGAUGGAAUUUGCAAAUUACAGGGAUGAUAAGAGCGAUGACAAUGAGAUGUUGAUGACCGAUUUGAAUGUGAAAGGUAGAUACACAGAAAAAGAAAAGAAAGACGAUGUCAUUAAUUUGACAAACGAACGUAUUGGUAUACCAGAAGUGUUAUUUAAUCCCCAAGAUAUAAAUCUACAACAUUGUAGUAUUGUCGAAUUAAUUUAUAGAUGUAUAUCUCUACUUCCAAAGGAAAUUCAGAAAUAUUUUUUGGCCCAGAUUUAUAUUUCAGGUGGAUCCACAAAAUUUAAAAAUUUCAAGCACAGGUUGUAUAAGGAACUUCGUGCUAUUUUUCCAACUGAAUGGGAGAUCAACAUAUAUUCGCACAGUAACAGCCUGUACAGCAAUUAUAUUGGAACUUACGUAUGGCUUAGUGAUCAAAACAUAUACAACUACAAUGUUAUUACGAGGCACCAGUAUUUCAAUCACGGCAAGAAUACCUAA